AAGCAAGAAGACUCCGAAGCCGGGAGUAGAAGUACCAACAGAUUUUAUCGUGGAGCAUAGAAAAGAAAAGACCAGCGAAACCUCAACGUUUUUUGGACUGUCUGCUGGAGCUCCGAUUCAACCAAUUUGCCUCUUCGCUACACGCCGGUUCCUCUGGAUAGGCUGUAGCCGCUAAACAAAGUUGGUAGUAAACUCUUUGGAGUUUGGUAAGAGUCACUUUAUAUUUCUUCGCUUGUGAGAGUGGACUGCACUGGAGCUUGGGAUCGAACCCCUCCGCACACGCUGGUCGGGCUUGGACCAAGCGCUUCAUCCUUUUUACGCACGGUUUCCCGACGCUGCAAAAGUUUGUGUCCAGAUCUGAAGACUCGUGAGAUCAAGUCAGCAGCUGCUUCCUGAGCCCAGCUCCAACAUACCUGGGUCCCCGGACAGAGAGCCACUGACCAGAGCUGAGAGAAGACUCGUAUCGAGCUCCUUUUCUAAAAGAGACAUGACAGAUUGUCUGAAGCACUAAAACCUACAAAUCCGUCGAUUCUUCAGAGAGGUUUUGAAGAGAAGUCAGAAGAUCUGAAACAAGUGCAGUAACUUGCAACAAAGAAGUUAAAAAUCAUCUUGCCUAAACCAGCAAUUACAGAAACGAGUACAUCAGCAUCCCAUAUCUGAGCCGACACAAUGGCGUGGUCAGCUCUUACCGGCCCCUGUGUGGCCCUCGUCCUUCUCUGUUUUGGUUUGGCCUCUUGCACCCCCUCCGGCCCCGCCUCGGCCACCUGCGCCACCCUGGAGCAGAGUCGCUUCUUUGGCGUGUUCUCCUCGAUGACCACAUUGCCUUCAACACCGUGCUCCUGGACCCUGCAGAACCCCGAUCCUCGCCGCUACACCGUCUACAUGAAAAUCACAAAGCCCACCGACUCCUGCGUGCCCCGCCAGAUCAGAACCUUCCAGUUCGACUCCUUCAUCGAGACCUCCCGCACCUACCUGGGCAUGGAGAGCUUCGACGAGGUCGUUCGGCUGUGUGACGCUUCAACCACUGUCACCUACCUGGAGUCCAGCAAGCAGUUUCUGCAGAUCCGCAAAGUGGCGCCAAGGAACGGGCUGGAGAUCGUGGAGGGGGAGAGUGACGGCAGCGACUUCAAGGCUGAAUUUCUGGUCGUGGGGAAGAGGAACCCAAGUAUGCCUGCCUGCCAGAUGCUGUGCCAGUGGCUGGAGAAGUGUCUGUCCAGCAGCACCCAUGAUUAUCCCUGUGGCAUCAUGAACACCCCCUGCCAGUGCUGGGAGGCACCAAAGAGGAAACCAGGAAGCUGUUACAGAGGCGGUGUCUACGUCGAGAACUGUGUUGCUGUUCCCAAAGACAACCGACGCGAUGCUGAGAUUAUCAAAGGCUGGGCUGGAUGGGGACGCUGGUCCGUGUGCAGCCAGGAGUGUGGCGGUGGAGUCCAGGUGCGCAGCAGGACCUGCCAGCCCGAGGACAGCGUGUGCCACGGAACUGUUGAAGAAGGACGCGCCUGCAACCCUCAGGCCUGCAUUGGCACAGAGCGAUCCAGGAGCCAGGGUCUGCGGGCCAUCGUCGGUCUGAAGAGGGACAGUGCUGCUGAUUCCAGCCAGGGAGUUGUUGCAACCCAAACAGUGGAUGCUAAGACCGAUGAGUGGUCCUCCUGGAGCGCAUGCUCCAUCACCUGUGGGGAGGGCUGGCAGAGUCGCACCCGCGUCUGUGCUACUUCCUCCUUCACCACCCAGUGCACCGGCCCCCUGCGUGAGAACCGCCCCUGCAACAACACCGUCGUCUGCCCCGUGAAUGGUGCUUGGGAGGAGUGGACCCCCUGGAGCCUGUGCUCAUCCACCUGCGGCCGUGGUUACCGUGACCGCACCCGCACAUGCAAGCUGCCCCAGAACGGAGGAGAGCCUUGCCGCGGCCCCACAAGACAAACCAAGUUCUGCAACAUCGCCGUCUGCCCAGUGGACGGAUCCUGGAACGAGUGGUCCGGCUGGAGCGCGUGUUCCGCCUCCUGCUCCAACGGCACCAUGCAGAGGACAAGGGAAUGCAACGGACCAUCCUAUGGCGGCUCUGAGUGCCACGGCGGCUGGAAAGAGACCAACAACUGCUUCCUGAAAGACUGUCCCGUUAAUGGACGCUGGAAUUCGUGGACCACAUGGAGCAGCUGCAGCAGGACGUGCGGUGGAGGCGCUCAGCAGAGACAGAGAGCGUGUGAGGGCCCUUUCUUUGGUGGAGAAUCUUGCCCCGGUGAGAAGGGAGAGCAGAGACGCUGCAGUGAGAAGAGAUGCCCUGAGCCCCAUGAGAUCUGCCCCGAGCAGAACACUGGAGAAGUUGUGUGGAAGCAAACCCCCGCAGGAGACAUGGCUGCCAUCGCUUGCCCUGCUGAUGCCUCAGGUAUGAUUCUGCGCCGGUGCACCCUGGACGCUGUAGGUCUCGCCUCCUGGGAGACCCCAACUCACAUCAAGUGCGUCUCCAAGAACUACGAGAACAUUCAGAUGCUGUCAAGGGACUACAUCUCCAAAGCACAGGUCGGACAGAGCAUGGACGGAGUCGCUGAGGUUAUUUCUCGUCUGAGAUUCUCCUCUGAUGAGGGCACCAAGUACAGCGGCGACCUCAUGGCCAUCAUGGAGAUCCUGAAGAACACAACUGAGCUGUACAAGGGAACCAGGCUGAGACUGAGCAGCGCUGAUGUCGCGAACUACGUCCAGACCAUUAGCGACUUACUGAAGGAGGAACAUCGGGACAAAUGGGAAGAAGCACAACUGAUGGGCGCCAGCAUUAAAGAGUUCUUCCGCCUGGUUGAGGACUUUGUGAACAUGAUGGGUACGCAGAUGAGCAGCUUCGAGGACGUCUAUGAAGUCACAGAGAAUUUCGUGCUGAGCAUCCACAAGCGCCCGGCGACCACAAACUCCAACUUCACCUUCCCCGUGAAGGGCUGGAGGGGCAUGCUGGACUGGGUCAGGAACUCCGAGGAGAAGAUCUCAGUGUCCCGUGAUGCUUUGUCCAUUAAGCAAUCUGACGGCAACAGCACUUUUGUGACCGGCAUCGUCCUCUACAGAAACCUGACGUCUAUCCUGUCCUUCCAGAGCAACUCCACCCUGCUCAACUCCAAAGUGGUGACGGUGAUCGUCAACCCCACGACGACUCUCCUGUCGUCCCCCGUUGAGAUCGAGUUCCCCCACCUCCACAAUGGCACCAUGAAUGAGACGUGCCUCUCGUGGGACGAGAGCGAAACUUCCUCGCUGCUCGGCUCGUGGUCGGCUCGGAGCUGCAGAUCGGUGCCCGUUCAUUCAUUCAGAACCAAAUGCGUGUGUGACAGCCCCUCCACCUUCGCCAUUUUAGCGCGCAUCAACUUCGACUCGAUCAUGGACAAGGCACUGCUCCCGUCCGUGACUCUCAUCGUUGGCUGUGGGGUCUCCUCUCUCACCCUGCUGCUCCUCAUCAUCAUCUAUGUCUCUGUGUGGAAGUACAUCCGCUCCGAGCGCUCCGUCAUCCUCAUCAACUUCUGCCUCUCCAUCAUCUGCUCCAAUGCCCUCAUUCUCAUCGGACAAACCCAGGCUCGCAACAAGGUGGUGUGCACUCUCGUAGCUGCUCUGCUGCACUUCUUUUUCCUCUCCUCUUUCUGCUGGGUGCUGACAGAAGCUUGGCAGUCCUACAUGGCUGUCACCGGCCGUCUGCGCAACCGCAUUAUCCGCAAGCGCUUCUUGUGCUUAGGCUGGGGCCUUCCCGCGCUGGUGGUGGCUGUGUCAGUGGGUUUCACAAAAGCUAAGGGAUACGGCACCGUCAACUACUGCUGGCUCUCCCUCGAGGGCGGACUCCUCUACUCCUUUGUCGGCCCGGCUGCAGCUGUCGUUCUGGUGAAUAUGGUCAUUGGUAUUCUGGUCUUCAACAAGCUGGUAUCCAAGGACGGCAUCACCGACGUGAAGCUGAAGGAGAGAGCUGGGGCGUCACUGUGGAGCUCCUGCGUGGUUCUGCCUCUCCUGGCCCUCACCUGGAUGUCCGCCGUCCUCGCCAUCACCGACCGCCGCUCGGCCCUCUUCCAGAUCCUCUUUGCCGUGUUCGACUCGCUGGAGGGUUUCAUCAUCGUCAUGGUUCACUGCAUCCUGCGCAGAGAGGUUCAAGAAGCUGUAAAGUGCAGAGUAGUUGACCGCAAGGACGAUGGCAAUGGAGACUCUGGCAGUUCCCUUCACAAUGGCCACACCCAGCAUAUGCAGUCUGAUAACGAAAAGGAUGGAGAUUCGAGCAGACAAGGAAUGAAGAGCUCCUCUGAAGAAAAGAUGCCCCCUCCUCAGAUGCCUCUUCCCAUGGGCUCCAACUUCCACACUCUGCCGUCCAACCCCAGCAAGGGCCACAUGCAUGCGCUCCCUGAAUACUCCAGCCACACCCUCACCCUGAAGAGAGAGAAGACCCGGCUGGUCGGUGGAGUCGACCCCUGCGGAAAGCCAGUGUACGUCUGCGAGGGGGAGAUCUUCCAGCAACUGGACGCAGAUCUCGCUCGUGUUCAGGCCGAGGGAAGUGGCUCCGACGGCAGCGGCUACGUCCUCAUGCCCAACACCACCUCCACGCUCAGGAUGAAGCCCAAAGACGACCCAACAAAAUACAACAUCAGCGUGGAGCAGAUGCCGCAGGCCAGGCUGAUGCACCUCGGCGGGCCCUUUGCCGAGCCCCAGGCCGCUUUCGGGAUGAAGUCGAUCCCCUCAGACCAGGUCAGCGUGUCGUACUCGGAGAGAGACUCGCCCAUCCAGAACAUCCACAACAUGUCCAGCGAGUCUCACAUCACCCACAGCAGCCUGGAGAACACCUUUGAGUCCAUGAACUCCAUGAUGUCCAAGAGCGAAACCAUCUCCACGCUCUCCAUGAGCUCCUUGGAGAGACAGAAAUCCCGAUAUGCUGAGCUGGACUUUGAGAAAAUAAUGCACACGAAGAAACGCCACCAGAACAUGUUCCAGGACCUAAACAGGAAGCUCCAUCAUGCUGAGAAAGACCGAGAGUCGCCUGCUUCUGACAGCAAGUCUGUGAGAUGGAGUGUGUCCUCAGGAGGAAGUGACAAAACGAACCACAGCGACAAACAGCAGGCUCCUCUGGAGAGGCCGUGGGAGGGAGUCCGUGGAAUACCGCAGUCGCCCCCUGCUUGGGUGCGCAAAGACCUAGAGCCCCUCGCCGCCUCGCCUCUGGAACUGCACUCUGUGGAUUGGGAGAAAACCAGCACCACCAUCCCCUUAGUCGGGCAGGACAUCAUCGACCUGCAGACAGAGGUCUGAGGGGGAGGAGGGGGGCGAGCGAAGCCACCUGAUUUCACCUUGGUCACCUUUUUGGUUUGGGAACGCGAUCCUGCAAGGAUAGAGUAGAGGAAACCAGGAAAGGGAGGAAGUAGGCCCCAGAAUCAAUGUCUUCAAACCCUCAGCCAGAGCAGAGAGGGACGGAAGAGUGGAGUUGGUGAUGAUGGGAUGUUUAUGUAGCUUCUCUGUGUGGACUUAAAGUAUCUCGUGUCAGAGUGCUCUGGUGGGCGUAGGGUUAAUGGAGUUUCCAGUGAUUUCCAUGGACCAGGACUGGCUGUGGUUCCACCGGGGGUUUCCUGAACCCCUCCAGCCUGGGCUCAGAAGAUGUGGUCGACAUGUCUGUGCUUCUUUUUUCCUUCAACUCGACUUUGGAGAAAAAUGUUAUGACAUUAAAAACAAACGGCGGGUCCUCCCUGCUUCUUGGGAGGAGCGACCGGAACUCCUGGCUGCUUCUCGAACAGCCGGGUUAACUGUCCAAAACAAGGCGUGAGAGCAGAAGGGACCAGUUUCAUGUUUGGAGUCCAACACUCAUUUUGGCUUUUUUUUUGCAGUUUUUGUGUUUAUUUGUUCUGCUUCAUACCAGGAACUGCUACAACAGAUCUGAAUAUGAGACUCUGAACUGAGAAAACUAAAAUGAAGCAGAUAAUAUUUUUCUCCACUUUGACCACCAUGGUUAUUAUUAUUAUUACAAUGAUUAUCAUUGUUAUUGCCAUUAUUGAGUUAAUAGCCUCCAUUUUAAUUUUUCAUUCCCCACAUGACUGUCAGGCACAAGUUUUAUUGUUUUUUAACAGUCAUAUACAACAUUAGGCUCAAAAGAUCAGUAGAAUGUUCUGAGCCCACGUGGACUGCAUCGGGACAACGAGCGGUGGUGAUGGAGGUGGCGUUUAAGUUACCCAACACGUCCUGGUUUCUCCAGCAUUCCUCUUCUUUACCAGAACACCAGCACCAGGAUGAACACAGACUCUCACACAGGAAGAGCAGUGCACUCUCGGAAAAUGCUGGUCGGAUAUAAGAGGAGGCGUUGCAGUAGGGGGGGGGAUGGGGGUAGCAAACCUCCGCCCUCUCUCAGCUGGCACAAGAUGCAGGCUCUUCCAUGUGGCACAUAUAUAAACGGAUCCGAGGAUUCAGCGAGACCUUUCAUCAACGCCCUUUUGUUUCUCAGCCUUGCAGGACUCUUGGACAGAGCAGAGGCUCCUGGCGCUGAUGGCCACUUCCAGCCCAGCGUCAGGUCCUCAAGACUUUAACACAUUAGUGUUUUCAGCCAUCAGUGUGAAAAAGUGCAAUAUGAUGGGCGCUUGAUGCUCAAGCAGGACUGAUAUUAUAAUUUUAGGCAGGAGUUUUUUCUUACCGAUGUUUUAAGAAGUUUUAUACCAUCUUCCGCAUAUUUACAGGGCAUAUAGAUGCUUUAUGAGAAUAUUGUAUGACAAAUCUGUAUUAGUAAUUCAAGGAAUUUAUUCGCUAGAGAUUUGUUAGCACAAGACUCCAUAUUUGGAGCUGUGACAGGUAGAUAAUUGUACUUCUAUAAAGUAAACAUUAUACUAUAGAAUGAACGAUAUGAAUAUCUCUAAACUGUGCUUCAGGAUAUUUGUUAUUACUCGCCGCUGUAUAGCAACGAGUAAUUGAUCCUCAUGUCUUCUGUACCAGUGUGUUUUUAAUAACCGUCAGUAACUCAACAGUAUGCAUUACCAGCCAAUUCCCAUGUCCCUUCCAAUUAGUCCGUCCUGGGCACAGCCUGAUUCAUACCUCGAGUUACUCGUAUUGAAGACCCAUUUGUAUUUCCUUGUCUCGACUUUGUUUUUUUAUGUUCUGUUCUACCUUCUGUAAAUGUACAGUUUUCACAGCACAAAAUGAAUGUGACUUAUUUCUAAUAAAAAACUAAUAUAUAUUA